UUAAAGAGACCGAAGGUCGAAGAUCCACGAUCCACGCCAUACAAAAUACUCUCUAAAGCUACUCUUCUUCCUCUUCUUCAAAACAGAGAUGGAUUUCUCCUUCUUCUCCAUCAGAGCUUUGAACCUAAGUUCUCCAUGGAUUAUUUGAAAGAAGUUACUUAGAGAAAUAGUAAUCCGCGGCGGAGUGAACAAGGAAGGAAUUCCGGUGGAGUAUGGCGGGGUCAGGGACAGGGAGUAGUAGUAAGAGAAUUGAACACCAGAGUUCUUCAACUCAAGUCCCCCAAUCUUCAGGUACGAGUAACUCUAAUAAUCGCUAUUCUGUAAGCAAGGCCGUAGCGCAGUACACUGAGGAUGCUAGGCUACACGCCGUGUUUGAGCGCGCCUGCGGGUCGGGGAAGUCGUUUGAUUACUCUGAAUCUGUGAAGGGCGCAACUCAUUUUGUACCGGAGCAGCAAAUCGCUGCGUACCUGUCCAACAUUCAGAGGGGCGGUCACAUACAGCCUUUUGGGUGUAUGAUUGCCGUGGAGGAGCCCAGUUUUCGCGUGAUUGCGUAUAGCGAGAAUGCACGCGAAGUGCUUGGUUUAAUGCCCCAGUCAGUUCCCAGUCUCGAUCGCCCGGAUAUCCUGGCGAUUGGGGUGGAUGUGAGGACACUUUUCAGACCUUCGAGCUCGGUGUUGCUCCAACGGGCGUUUGGAGCGCAGGAGAUCACGUUGCUGAACCCUAUUUGGGUUCACUCCAAGAAUUCCGGUAAGCCUUUUUACGCGAUUUUACAUAAGAUUGAUGUUGGCAUUGUGAUUGACUUGGAGCCUGCUAGGAGUGAGGACCCUGCCCUGUCCAUAGCCGGGGCUGUGCAGUCACAGAAGCUCGCCGUGAGGGCCAUUUCGCGCUUGCAGUCGCUUCCUGGUGGGAAUAUUAAGCAUCUUUGUGAUGUUGUGGUUGAGUGUGUGAGAGAGUUAACCGGGUAUGAUCGAGUUAUGGUGUAUAAGUUUCAUGAGGAUGAGCAUGGGGAGGUUUUGUCUGAAAGCAAAAGACCAGAUUUAGAGCCUUAUAUUGGGCUGCACUAUCCAGCUAGUGAUAUUCCUCAAGCCUCCAGGUUUUUGUUUAAACAAAACAGGGUUAGGAUGAUUGUUGAUUGCCAUGCCUCUCCGGUACGUGUUAUUCAGGAUGAAUCACUAAAGCAGCCAUUGUGUUUAGUUGGUUCGACUCUACGGGCUCCUCAUGGUUGCCAUGCCCAGUACAUGGCCAAUAUGGGCUCCAUUGCCUCGUUAACUCUGGCAGUUAUUGUAAAUGGGAACGAAGAUGAAGGUGUUGGAGGGAGGAAUUCGAUGAGGCUAUGGGGGUUGGUUGUAGGCCAUCACACUUCGGCUAGGAGUAUUGCAUUCCCCCUUCGUUAUGCCUGUGAGUUUCUUAUGCAGGCCUUUGGGCUCCAAUUGAAUAUGGAAUUGCAAUUGGCAUCACAAUUGGCAGAAAAACAUGUGUUAAGGACACAAACACUGUUGUGUGACAUGCUUCUAAGGGACUCCGCCACUGGGAUUGUUACCCAGAGCCCUAGUAUAAGGGAUCUUGUGAAAUGUGAUGGGGCUGCAUUGUACUAUAAGGGCAAAUACUAUCCUUUAGGCGUGACACCUACUGAAGACCAGAUAAAGGAUAUAGCUGAGUGGUUAUUGACUUACCAUGGAGACUCGACAGGUUUGAGCACUGAUAGUUUGGCUGAUGCAGGGUACUCUGGUGCAGCUUCACUUGGUGAUGCAGUUCGUGGGAUGGCUGUUGCCUAUAUAACAUCAAAAGAUUUUUUGUUCUGGUUUCGGUCCCACACUGCAAAAGAGAUUAAAUGGGGUGGUGCUAAGCAUCGUCCACAGGAUAAAGAUGAUGGACAAAGGAUGCACCCUCGAUCUUCAUUCAAGGCAUUUUUAGAAGUAGUUAAGAGACGUAGUUUGCCAUGGGAGAACGCCGAAAUGGAUGCAAUUCACUCUUUGCAGCUUAUUCUACGCGAUUCUUUUAAGGAUGCUGAGGCAAGCAAUUCUAAGGCUGUUGUGCAUGCUCCGCCAGGAGAAUUGGAAUUGCAAGGAAUGGAUGAGCUGAGCUCUGUUGCCAGAGAAAUGGUUAGAUUGAUAGAAACUGCAACCACUCCGAUAUUUGCUGUAGAUGCUGAAGGAAACAUAAAUGGAUGGAAUGCGAAAGUUGCUGAGUUGGUGGGGUUGCCAGUUGAAGAAGCAAUGGGAAAGUCAUUAGUUCAUGAUCUUGUUCAUAUGGAAUCACAAGAAACCACUGAGAAGCUUUUGUUUAAUGCUUUAAGAGGUUAUGAAGAUAGGAAUGUAGAGAUCAAGUUGAAAACAUUUGGCACUAUGCAACAUACAAAAGCCAUUUUUGUGGUGGUCAAUGCUUGCUCUAGCAAAGACUGUACAAAUAAAAUUAUUGGUGUAUGUUUUGUUGGUCAAGAUGUGACGGAACAGAAAGUUGUAAUGGACAAAUUUAUUCACAUACAAAGUGAUUACAAGGCAAUUGUACAUAGCCCCAAUCCUCUGAUCCCUCCCAUAUUUGCUUCAGAUGAGAACGCUUGUUGCUGUGAGUGGAACACCGCCAUGGAAAAGCUUACUGGGUGGAGCAAAGGGGAAAUGAUGGGGAAGAUGUUAAUUGGUGAGCUUUUUGGAGGAGUCUGUCGACUCAAGGGUCCAGAUGCUAUGAUGAAAUUCAUGAUCACAUUGCAUCAUGCGAUUGGAGGCAAAGAUACAGACAAGUUUCCCUUCUACUUUCUUGACCGAAAUGGAAAAUACGUGCAAACCCUCUUGACCGCAAAUAAGAGAGUGAAUAUGGAUGGUCAGAUUAUCGGAGCCUUCUGUUUCUUGCAGAUAGCAAGUCCUGAAUUGCUGCAAGCCAUCAAAGUCCAGAGGCAACAAGAAAACAAGUGGCUCACUAAGUCAAAAGUGAUGGCAUAUAUCUGCCAGGAAAUUAAGAAUCCACUGAAUGGUAUACGCUUUACAAGUUCUUUAUUAGAGGCAACAAAUUUGACAGAACAUCAAAAGCAGUUUCUGGAGACUAGUGCCGCUUGUCAGAAGCAGAUGUCGAAGAUUUUAAGGGAUGCUGGUCUGGAAAACAUUGAAGAUGGUUCACUGGAGCUAGAGAAAGAAGAAUUUCAUUUUGGGAGUGUUAUAGACGCUGUUGUCAGCCAAGUAAUGCUAUUGCUGAGAGAAAGAGGUCUGCAAUUUAUGCUGGAUAUUCCAGAGGAAAUGAAGACGCUGAAAGUGUAUGGUGAUCAAGCAAGAAUUCAACAGGUGCUGGCAGAUUUUUUGCUGAAAGUGGUACAUCAUGCGCCAGCUCCAAAAGGAUGGGUAAAAAUCCAUGUUCGGCCUAGUUUGAGGCAAAGUUCUGAUGGAAUAACCAUAGCGCACGUUGAAUUCAGGUUUGUCUGCCCAGGUGAAGGUCUUCCUUCAGCGCUGGUCCAGGACGUGUUCCACAACAGUGAAUGGGAAACUCGGGAAGGAUUAGGGCUGAGUAUGUGCAGGAAAAUACUGACACUCAUGAAUGGAGAAGUGCGAUAUGUAAGAGAAGCAGAAAGGUGUUAUUUCCAAAUUAUCCUCAAGCUGUCAGUGCCCACAAGAGGCUCAAAAAGCAGUUGAUAGGAUAGUAGCGGCAGUAUCCUUAGGAGUAGAGUUUUGGAACAAAGGUUCUUCUCGCACCAAGG